CGCCGGAACAGCUCUUGGAUCUCUCCGUCGAUCUUACGGCCGCCAUCGGUUCGACUCGCGAAUCCAAUCAAUUACGUGCCGCGCAUCACCCCAGUCACCGUCCCCCGGUGCCCGCAGCAAUCGGAAGAGAAUCUCCCGCUCGAGGCGCAUCGGGACGCCUAUCCUCUUCUGACCAUCCCCGAACAACGUCGGAGUCGACUCAACCCGUCACCCAAUAGCCUGUUGGUCGAGCGCAGUCAAGGAGAAACCGAAAGUGGCCGUUCCAGCAUCGCAGUGCCUGGAGGCCAGAGGCGCAGUGGCGCAGUAGAGGAAUACUUGGUGUCGCAAGAAAUGUCAGAUCUGGGAGUGUCGAAUGUCGCUCAGGAUGCACCGAAACCGCGCACCCCGGAGCGGGCACAUUUAGGCGCGGAUUUUGUGGCCGACGGGCCCGGUCCGCUCCCGAACGAUCGCCCCCGUCAUGUGCGGUCGCAGGUCUCGCUGCGAUCCCAAUCUCAGAUUGCUUCCGUACCCUCGAACACGGGGCUGCCUGCGUGCGGAGAGCCUGAUAUGGCCGAAGAAUUAGCUUGGGGCCCGGCUCACCCAUGUUUUCCUCACUUCAACCCACAUGUCCCAAUCAAUUCCGAAGAAUUCCUGACGACGCGCAUCAUUCGGAUUCGACGAGAUUGGAUGGUCAAGGGGGAUCUCGCGCCUACGUUCUCCAAUCUAUACCCGGAAAUUCUUGAUCCGCUACUUCCGGAGCAGGAGUUCCGCCGAGUCAUCGCAACGGUGAACGAUGAGCUCAUCAAGGCCUUCGACCCUUUCAGUUUCCGCAAUAUCAUCGAUAGCGCCUUGGGUCUGCUCACAGGCUGGAUAUGGGAGGAUCUGGGUGCCCCAGCUAUUAAGAGUCACUUGAAACGCGUGGAGACGUGGCUGGAGAACUGGAACAGGGAGGUCGGGGCCAAAGAUGGAGUACACAUCUGGAGUCUGCGACGGACGGCCUAUCUUUCGUUAGAUAUCCAAAUUCCGGAUCCCAAGGUCGGCAUGAUCCCGAGCGAAAGUGGCCUCUCUUUGCCCGGAACUCGUCCUGGCAGUGGCGCUGUCUAAGAUUUAUGACCGUCCCUCUUUUCCUUCAUUUUUCAUAUUUCCCUUCUGUGUCUUGAAGGUUUACUUCUUUCUAAUCAUCACUCUCUUCAUGCAUGCAUAUAUUGCCCCCCUUGCACA